GAGACUUUAUAUUUUGCAGUUGGAGUUCUGCGGUUGACCACUAGAGGGAUGAUGAGCAAAGUUUGGGCUUCAAGAAUAAAAAAAAAAAAAAAACAUUUAUCUUUCCUUAUUGUUUUUCUAAACUAUUUAAAUGUGAGUAUCUGACUUCACUUUUUAAUUUUAUUUUAUUAGCAUAGUUUUUUGUUUUUUACUCGUUCCCGCCUCCCCCUUUUCUGACUCAGCUAUAUGCUCCGCCCCCGAAGGCGAAGCGUCCUCCUCCCGUCGAAAAAACUUCAAAGCAGCUUCGCAGUUUCCAACAUACAUGAACAUUUCGACAGCGCUCGCGGCUGAGAGGAAGAGCGGCACGUGAAGGUCUCUGCGACGGAAACGUUAGCGGGAAGAUGAGCGCGAGCUCGUAGGAAACGAUCAACCACCUGAGCUGCUGUUUCUGUUUUCAAAGCGUUGUUUUGCUCUCAUCAUGGCGCGCGGCUGCAUCUGCUGCGUCAAGUACAUGCUCUUCCUCUUCAACCUGCUUUUCUGGCUGGGGGGCUGCGGGCUCCUGGGGGUGGGCGUGUGGUUGUCCGUCUCGCAGGGCAGCUUCGCCACUCUGUCCCCCUCCUUCCCCUCGCUCUCCGCCGCCAACCUCAUCAUCACCCUGGGCACGGUCGUCAUGGUGACGGGUUUCUUGGGUUGCCUGGGUGCCAUCAAGGAGAACAAAUGUCUUCUUCUGAGUUUCUUCAUCGUUCUGUUGAUCAUCCUCUUGGCGGAGCUGAUCCUCCUCAUCCUUUUUUUUGUCUACACCGAUAAGGUGAGUGAUAACGCCAAGCGGGACCUAAAAGAAGGGCUGGUUCUGUACACCACGGAGAACAACGCCGGACUGAAAGACGCCUGGAACGCCAUUCAGGGAGAGUGGAUGUGCUGCGGUGUGGUGAACCAUGACGACUGGUACGCCGCCCUGCAGGAGAACGUGGUUCCUGACACCUGCUGCCAGCAGGUCCACCCCGGCUGUGGCAGGAACGCCUCCAACGUCUUCUGGAAGCGGGGCUGCUACGAGAAGAUGGAGGAGUGGUUAGACGACAACAAACACCUGCUGGGAACCAUCGCCAUGUGUGUGCUGGUCAUCCAGCUGCUCGGCAUGGCCUUCUCCAUGACGCUGUACCAGCAGAUCCACCGGACAGGAAAGAAGUUUGAGGCCUGAAGAAAAUCAGCAUCACCUUCAUCUAUGCUCUCAGUUACGUUUGUGAAUAGAAUUAUACGUAUUUUUACACUUAUCGAACAUUCAUAAAAGUUCAAUAAACGUCUCAAAUUAAA